CAUGAUGGAGAACCGGCCGCCCCUCACAUCUCCGGAUGGAUCCAGCAACAGAAAUUCCCCAGAGAGACGUCCCCGUCCUCUGUAUUCCCGGGACUCCACACAGGAACAUCAGGAGAUCCCUCAGGAGAAUCAGGGUGAAGAUCUAAUUGCUAUUAAGGUUGAAGUUAAAGAAGAAUCAGUAGGGCCAUAUAUGAGGGAAGAUAAGACAUGUAUUGAUGAAAUCCCUUCAGAGGUCAGCACAGACACCAGAGCCACUCAGACAGAGGCCAAAGGUGAAAAGGAGGAACUACAAGUAAUAAUUAAAAAGGAUGAAGAGCAGGAACUUCCUCCAUAUAUCAGCAUAGAUGGCCGACACAGCAAGAAUAACUCAGAGAAAUGUCCCAUUAUCUCUACGUAUGUUGAAAUAGAAGAUGACAUCACAUUCUGUUCCUCAAAAGAAAACCCUCUUUCUUCGGAUCUUGAUCCUGUACUUCACAGUUCGGAUAUAUCACCCGAUCCUUCUACACAAAGGGGGAGUUUUCAGGAUCGCUCACCUCCCAUCACUCAUCAGACAGCUCAUGCAGGAUGCGAUUCGUUUCCAUGUACUGAAUGUCUCACUGAGAGAGCAGAACUUAUCACACACCAGAGGUCUCACACAAGGGAGAAGCCUUUUUCAUGUUUAAAGUGCGGAAAGUGUUUCCCCUGGAAAUCGCAUCUCAGCGCACAUGAAAAAAUUCACACAGGGGAAAAGUCAUAUUCCUGUUCUGAAUGUGGAAAGUGUUUUUCCUGGAGAAGAAACCUAACUAUACAUAAGCGAGUUCACACAGGAGAACGGCCAUAUGCUUGUUCUGUGUGCGGGAAAUGUUUUAGACAGAAGUCGGUUCUUGACAUCCACGAACGAACUCACAGGCCAGAAAAGCCAUUCUCCUGUUCCGAGUGCGGGAAAUUAUUUACCCAGAAAGGACAGCUUGUUUCCCAUCAGAAGACUCACACGGGGGAGAAGCCUUUUUCAUGUUUGGAGUGCGGCAAGUGCUUCGGUUCAAAGUCAGAUCUUAUAAGACAUCAGAGGAGUCAUACGGGGGAGAAGCCGUUUUCAUGUCCCGAAUGUGGGAAGUGUUUUUCUUACAGAGCCAAUCUAGUUCAGCACCAGAGAGGCCACACGGGCAUUAAACCGUAUCAAUGUCCCGAGUGCGGGAGAGGUUUUAAACGCAAGUCCCAUCUGAACGAGCACCAAAAGAUUCACAGCGGCGAUCGCCCAUUCUCGUGUUUGGAGUGCAAGAGAGAGUAUACCAGUAGGGCUGCUCUAGCUAGGCACGAGAGACUCCACACUGGUGAUUGUCCUGAUUUAUGUUCGGCGUGUGAUAGAGGCUUUAACAAUAAAUCAGAUUUGGUUAUACACGAGAGAGUCCACUCUGGGGAUCGCCCCUAUUCAUGUUUAGCGUGCGGGAGAAGCUUUACCAGCAAAUCAGCGCUGGGUAGACAUGAGAGAGCCCACACCGGUGACCACCCGUAUUCGUGUAAUGAGUGCGGACAACAGUUUUCACAUAAAUCCUCUCUUAUGUCACAUCUCAGUUCACAUGAAAGACAAGAGGCAGCAGCUUAG